AUGGAGAAGCAGCCAGAGGAGACAGCUGCGGCCGAGAUCGCGGACUCGGGAGGAGAAGCCGAGGCAGGCGGGCAGCCACAGGCCGCCGGCGCCCAGGAAUCAAGCACAGAAGACCGCAUGACCCUGCUGCUCAGGCUGAGAGCACAGACAAAACAACAACUCUUUGAAUAUAAAUCAAUGGUUGAUGCAAAUGAAGAUAAAACUCCAGAACAAAUCAUGCAAGAGCAGCAGAUUGAAGCUGAAAUUGAAGGCCUGGAAAAUGAAAUUGAAGAGGCAAAAAUUGCUUUUGAAAUGAAAAACCUUGCAUUAGACAGUAUACAACUUUCAGCUGCACUUAAAGAUAACCUGGAGAAAGUUAACACCACCACUAGUUUGCUCACAGAUAGCAUGAAACGUGUAUUAGAGCUAAAUAAGUUAAUAAUGACAUUACAGCAGGAAUCUUGGGACUUGGAAGAAAAACUGCUUGAUGUUAGAAAGAAGAGAUUGCAAUUAAAACAAGCUUCAGAAAGUAAGCUUUUAGAAAUACAGGCUGAAAAGAACAAACAGAAAGAUGAUUUGGAUAGUAUGGAAAAUUCAGACAAGAUAAAGGCCAUACGACAAAAUCUACAGGAGGAGAUACAAAUUGCUACAGUUAUUCAACAUGUGUUUCAGAACAUCAUUUUGGGGAGUAAAGCCAAUUGGGCAGAGGAUCCUGCCUUAAAGGAAACUGUGCUACAGCUUGAGAAGAAUCUCAACAUGAUCUAA